AUGGAUGGCAAACGACACCCAAGCUCAUUCCAGCAGCUGGAGAAACUUGGUGAAGGCACAUAUGCAACUGUCUUCAAGGGUAGAAAUCGGCAAACAGGAGAACUAGUUGCCCUUAAAGAAAUCCACCUUGACUCAGAGGAAGGAACCCCAUCGACGGCGAUCCGAGAGAUCUCUCUUAUGAAAGAGCUCAAACAUGAGAAUAUUGUCGCCCUGCACGACGUCAUCCACACCGAGAAUAAGCUCAUGCUGGUGUUCGAAUACAUGGAUGGGGAUCUUAAAAGAUACAUGGAUACGCAUGGCGAGCGCGGCGCCCUUAAGCCGGCCACUAUCAAGAGCUUCAUGUAUCAGCUCCUAAAGGGCAUUGACUUUUGCCACCAGAACCGGGUCCUCCAUCGCGACCUUAAGCCCCAAAACCUUCUCAUCAAUAGCAAAGGGCUUCUCAAACUCGGUGAUUUUGGCCUCGCACGUGCAUUUGGCAUUCCCGUCAACACCUUCUCCAACGAGGUCGUCACCCUUUGGUAUCGGGCUCCAGACGUGCUGCUCGGCAGCAGAACCUACAACACGAGCAUCGACAUAUGGUCUGCAGGCUGUAUCAUGGCCGAGAUGUAUACCGGUAGGCCUCUAUUCCCUGGAACCACCAACGAGGACCAAAUUGUACGAAUAUUUCGUAUCAUGGGCACACCUACAGAGCGCACCUGGCCCGGCAUCACCCAGUUCCCCGAGUACAAGCCAACCUUCCAAAUGUACGCCACUCAGGAUCUGCGCAACAUCCUUCAUGCUAUUGACCCUACUGGCAUCGAUCUGCUACAACGAAUGCUGCAGCUGCGCCCCGAGCUACGAAUCAGCGCUCAUGACGCUCUCCAGCAUCCAUGGUUCAAUGAUUUGGUCAUUCAUCAGCAACAGCAGCACCAACAGCAAGCGUUGCACGCUCAGGCAAGAGCGUAUCAACAAAGUUUGCCAACGCAAAAUUUUGAUACCUACUGA